AUGGAUCCAUUAGUUUUAAAAACUAAUGAAAAAUGUCUCAUAUGUUCAGCCCCAUCAAAUGCAAUACAUUUUCAAAUAAAUUGUUGUAGAGCAUGUGCAAGUUUUUUUAGAAGAAGUGUUUACAGUAACAAAACAUAUUGUUGUAGGAGAAAUACUAAAAAUUGUUUAAUUAAUUUUUCACAUAGGCAGAUGUGUAAAUAUUGUAGAUUCCAAAAAUGUAUAAAUGCAGGAAUGCAGUUAAAAAAUAAAAAAAAUCAAAUUAUUGUCAAGUAUGAAGAAAUAAAUGAUGAUCAAUAUAAAGAAACUGAAACUUAUAGUAAUGAUAUACAUGAUAAUUAUUUUAUGGUGAAUAGCGGAUCUCCUUUUGUAAAAAAUAUGGAAACUAUGAUAUUAAAAAAUACUCAAAUAUCUUUAGAAAACCAAAUUAUUGAAUGUGACAAUUUUAAGACAGAAGAUUUUAUAAACUUACCACUUCAAUCACUAGUCCUAAUAGUAAAACAGUUCUUAUCAACAAUUAAUAGUGAUUUAACAAUAGAGAAAGUAACGAUUACAAAUAGUAUUACAUUAAGAAAAUUUAUAUUUUUUACAGAAAAUUGCAUUAAUAAUUUACUUGAAAAAUUAAAAAAUUCUCCUGAUUUUAGUGGAGUUUCUUCUAAAGAUAAAUAUGAAAUGUUUGUAAAAAAAAUUCCAAUAGUUUUAACAUUAGAACGAAUAUACACUUCACUAAAACUUUUUUCUAAAUAUGAAAAUCAAAAUUUAAUAUUAUUUUCAAAUUCAGAGGCAUAUGAUGAUAAUUUUGCAUACCUUUGUGAUAAUGAACUUAAUAAAAAUGAUAGAGAACAACUUUUCAAAUUAUUUAUUCCAUGUAAUGAACAUUUAUUUAAAUAUUUGUAUCUACCAAUGAAGAAUCUUUCAUUGGAUGAUGUUGAAUUUUCAUAUUUAAUAGGAAGUAUUUUAUGGAAAAUUAAUAUUGAUAUUGAUGUUUCUCAAACAACAAUAGAUAUUUCAAAAAAAAUUUUAAAAAGUUUUAAUGAAGAACUACAUGGAUAUUAUGUAUUUCGAAAGAAAAUAAGUAAUUAUGCCCAUCGUUUAUCACAAAUAUUAAAUAUAUUGUCUGAUUCUGAGAAACAUAUUUCAAUGAAAAAAGAAAUAUUUCUUGUGGCUAAGAUAUUUAAUGUUUUUGAUCCUUAUAGAUUUGUUGAAGAACAACUAAAAAACUCAAAUUUUAUUAAAUUUUUUUGA